UGAACAUACGCGAUCAGGUCCGCCUCGAAAACCGAGUUUGUAAUACACAGUGAUCCGCUUUCAAAUGAUUUAAUUGUGCAAAAUCGAAUUAUCAUGCCGCGCACCGAGUGCGAUCGUCAGUAUCUCAUGUGAUGAAAAUUAUUUGCAAAUUAUUAAUUACAUUAACAAGCGAAUACGUCGAGCGUAAGGAUGGGAACUAGAAGAUUGGCUAUGUCGCGCGCUUUUGUUUGUUGCUCGAAUAUAAUCUUCUUGAUGUCAGGUUUUGUGUUGAUGUCACUAGGAGGAUUACUGUUAGCCGACAAUGAACGGAUUUUAUUAUCACGUCUGCUCGGACCUGGUGACAUUCACCCCGAUCAACCACUUUUUUAUUAUUUGGCUUUCGCUAUAGUCGCACUAGGAUUUCUUAUCGCCAUCACCGGGCUUCUCGGAUGCUGGGCGGCUUGCCUUUUUAAUCGUUGCAUUACGAUUUCUUAUCUCUUAACAAUAAUCUUGCUACUGCUUGGUGAAUGCACUGUAUGCAUCAUUGCCGUUUUUUGGCCUCAUAUACUCGGGAUCGACGUGAGACCAGCACGUUUGAUACGCGCUUUGCAACGCAGUUACGCUGUACCUGGCCGCGAACAAUUCACGGCAGCCCUUGAUCUUGCGCAAACAACAUUCGUCUGUUGCGGCAUAAACGGAAGCAGCAAUUACGGCACGUCCUGGUGGCGGCUGCAGGAAGUCGGUCGCAGAGAAUUAGUGGUACCUCUCAGUUGUUGCACCCUGAAUAACGCCAAUGAGACGGGCUCUUUCCUCAACCCCGAACCUGCCAAUCUCACUCUCUGCCAGGCUCUGAACCCUGCCGAACAUCAAUACGCCCGACACACUGUGGGUUGCCUCGAAUAUAUCGAAAAAUGGACACAAGAUCAGGCCUUGAUCUUGUUGGGUAUCGUAUUAGCCAUCAUGUUCGUCGAAGUCACGGCGCUCCUCAGCAUACUUCUCGCUUGCUCUCGAGAGAACAAGAGAAGUAAAUCGCAAACGUCGACUUUCACCUCCACACAGACUUUAAGCCCGUUCGCCGAGAGUGAUCACGAUUAUAGCAUAGGAAUUGAGAACAGAAUGCACACGGCCGGAACGACGUUUGGUGCCAAAUCAUGAAGAUGGCUGGAGGGC